GCUGAGCGUGCACAACUAAGCUACUUAGUGGUGGGAGUUAAGCAUACAAACCGACACAGAGAGAGAGAGAGAGAGAGAGACAGAGAGAGCGAGUUUAGGAGAGCGAAAGCACGAGUGCCUGCCCCGCAACGGAAGACCCAUGGCCAGUGCAAAAAUGCGCACUAGGAAGGCGCCAGCGCCAGCGCGUGGGUGCAACAAGGAUAAGCAGCAGCUACAGCAGCAGCAGCAGGACAAACGCCUGGCACAGACUGCCAUUUAGGAAUCACAGCCAAACGCGAACACAAGCAAAUACUAUAUUGAAUAUAUAUGUGCUACGCAAAUACUCAGCAGCAGUUGAAAUCAAAUCAAAUCAAAGCAAAUCAAAUAUCACGCAUACGCCAUGGAGCCAGUUAUGAGUUUGGCCUUGGCCGCCCAUGGGCCACCCAGCAUACUGGAGCCGUUGUUUAAAACCGUAACUACGAGCACAACCACAACAACAACAACAACGGCUGCGACAACGAGCAGCAGCAGCAGCAGCCCCACAAUCAGCCCCACAACCAGCACCACAUUGUUAACGGCCCUGUUGGAGAAUCUGACGUCAACGGCAGCCAGCGGCUUAUACGAUCCGUAUGGGAAUCAGACGAACGGCACAUUGGGCUUUGAGACAAAGGGGCCGAGGUACUCGCUGGCCUCGAUGGUGGUUAUGGGCUUCGUAGCGGCGAUUCUGAGCGCGGUAACAGUUGCUGGCAAUGUCAUGGUCAUGAUCUCGUUCAAGAUCGAUAAACAGUUGCAGACGAUCAGCAAUUAUUUCCUCUUCUCGCUGGCAAUUGCCGAUUUUGCAAUCGGCGCCAUUUCGAUGCCACUGUUUGCGGUCACCACCAUAUUGGGCUAUUGGCCGCUGGGGCCGCAUGUCUGCGACACCUGGCUGGCCCUCGACUAUUUGGCCUCGAAUGCCUCGGUGCUGAAUCUGCUGAUCAUCAGCUUCGAUCGUUAUUUUAGUGUUACACGGCCGCUGACCUAUCGCGCCAAGCGCACGACCAACAAGGCGGCCGUCAUGAUUGGCGCCGCCUGGGGCAUCAGUUUGCUCCUCUGGCCGCCCUGGAUCUACAGCUGGCCCUACAUCGAGGGCAAGCGCACGGUGCCCAAGGACGAGUGCUAUAUACAGUUCAUUGAGACGAAUCAGUAUAUUACCUUUGGCACAGCGCUUGCGGCAUUCUAUUUUCCGGUGACCAUCAUGUGUUUUCUCUACUUUCGCAUUUGGCGCGAGACGAAGAAGCGCCAAAAGGAUUUGCCCAAUUUGCAGGCGGGCAAAAAGGAUUCCAGCAAGCGUUCCAAUAGCAGCGAUGAAAACACCGUGGUGAAUCACACAUCUGGCGGCUUGCUGGCCUUUGCCCAGUUGGGCGGCAAUGAUCACGACACCUGGCGGCGACCGCGCUCCGAGAGCUCGGCGGAUGCGGAAAGCGUUUACAUGACCAACAUGGUCAUCGAUUCGGGCUAUCAUGGGAUGCACUCGCGCAAGUCAAGCAUCAAGAGCACCAAUACAAUCAAAAAGCCAUAUUCAUGCUUUGGCAGCAUCAAGGAGUGGUGCAUCGCGUGGUGGCAUUCGGGCCGCGAGGACUCCGACGAUUUUGCCUACGAGCAGGAGGAGCCAUCUGAUUUAGGAUGCACCUCGAUGAACGUCAUGCGCGACAACUUUUCGAUGGGCGGCAGCGUGAGCGGGGUGCGGCCACCGAGCAUAAUGCUGGCGGAUGUGUCGCCGACGCCGUUGCGUCCGCCACUCAAUUCCAUUUCGCAGAUGCAAAUGCAGGAAAUUAAUGCGACCGGCAAUGGCAACAACGGCAACGGUAACGUCAACAUCAAUAUCAGCAUAAACAGCGCCAACGGCAACGGAGGUGGCGGUGGCGUUGGCGUCGGCGUCGGUGUAGGCGGCGGUGUUGCCGCUGGUAUUGCCAGCAACAAUAACAACAUGAACGGCGGAGCCAACAGCAACUCGAAUGUGAACACGCUACGUGACUCACGCACUCUGCCCGUGAGCAAUCGCAUUGGGUCGCGCUCGGUCAGCCAGGACUCGGUCUAUACAAUACUCAUACGGCUGCCGCCCGAUGGCGCCAGCGGAGCGAAUGGCAGCAGCGGCACUGCGGCCGGCGGCAGCACGGUGGGCAACUCGAGCGCGCAUGGCGACUGUGCGCCCUCCAUCAAGAUGAUACACGAGGAUGUGUCGGCACCGAAUGCGACUGUGGGCGUGGUUACGGUGCCGCCGCUCACGCGACGACCGCUGCCGUCGAGAGACUCGGAGUUCAGUUUGCCCCUGGGCAGGCGCAUGUCGCAUGCACCGCAGGAUAUGCGUCUGCUCAAUGCGAAGGUCAUACCCAAGCAGCUGGGCAAGGCGGGCGGCCCGAAUGCGCUGCUCAAUGCGCGCAAUGCGGCCAAGAAGAAGAAAAAGUCACAGGAGAAGCGACAGGAAUCUAAGGCGGCCAAAACCCUCUCGGCAAUAUUGCUGAGCUUCAUCAUCACGUGGACACCGUACAACAUACUGGUGCUGAUCAAGCCGCUGACCACCUGCUCGGACUGCAUACCCACCGAGCUGUGGGACUUCUUCUAUGCCCUGUGCUACAUCAACUCCACAAUAAAUCCCAUGUGCUACGCCCUGUGCAAUGCCUCCUUCCGACGCACCUACAUACGCAUCCUCACCUGCAAGUGGCAAUCGCGCAAUCGCGAGGGCAUGGUCAGGGGUGUUUACAACUAA